AUGCCAAUAUCCACCCCCACCCCAACCUCCAGAACCAGAACUAGCGCCUUCUCCGAAGAAGAUAGCGACAGCAUGUCUGACCCGGGUCCGUCGGAUAGAAGCGUCUCGGUCUCGGUCUCGCCGGAUCUCUAUCUCGGCCACGACGCUCUUGCAUCGGAGUUUACGGCUCCCCUGCUUCCUAAGCCGUACUUCUCUGGCCGUGGCCAUGGCCAUGGCCAUGAGGAUGAGCAUGAGCAUGAGGAUGGGCACGCAGUUGACGGCGGUAAGGAGCUCGAGCUCGGUCUUGAGACGGGGAAGCGGUGCAGUCCGCGCUCCACGUUCGUGGUGGAUGAUGGGUGGCCGGCGCCGGCGCCGACGUCUGCAUUUGCGUCUGCGUUUGGGUUUGGGUUUGGGGCUGGGGCUGGGGUAGCGGGUGCGGGUGCGGAUGCGGGUCUGGGUGCCGGUAAGCGGCGCGGGGCGGCGUGGAGACGGCGGUUGGUGCUGGUGUUUGUGAAGGUUGUGAUGGCUGUGUGGGUGCUUGGGGUGGUGUAUAAAGUUGGGCGGGGGUUUUUUUCCACCACCCCCGCCGUCGACUUCGACAUCGACAUCGACAUCGAUACCCCCAGCACCGCAGACGACAGAACCAUCACGGUCGAGCACACCGACGCCGAAAUCCGCGGCGUCUACCCGCUCUACGAUGCGCUCUCCCUCUCCACCACGAGCGGCAACAUCACCGUCGCGAUCGUCCCGCAUCCGGCCGUAACCCGUCCCGGGGCUUGCGGGCGCGGGUCCGCAAAACCUGCGCGUCUGCGCAUCCGCUCCGUCUCGGGGUCCGUCAUGCUCUCCUUCACGGCUCCGGAGGCCGCCUCGCUCCCGGAGCUGGAGCUGGAGAUGGAGAGGGAGAUGUUGGACACCCAGUCCCAGUCCCUGUCCCAGUCCCAGUCCCAGUCCCAGUCUCAAGAUCGAGACCAAAAGCAAGCGCAGCUCCCACCCCGCCUCUAUGACCUCGACAUCUCGACUGGCGGCGCCAUCGCCGGCCGCGCCGUCUUCAGCUCAGCGCGCCUACGUGCUGGCGCGGACAUCUCUGCCGUCCUGGUCCCUGUGCCUGCGGGGUGUAUGCGGAAUAUGUCGCUGAGUACGCGCACGGAAGCGGGGCCGCAGCGGGUGCAUGUGACCGAGCCUUAUGUGUUUGAAGGCAAGGGCCAGGGGAGGAGAAAGAGGGAUGUGUUGUUGGUUGCGGAGCACGGGGCGGAGACGGGGGACAUGGAGGUUGCGUAUUCGCGGGUGUGGGAGGGAGACGUGAGGCUGCGGACGGAGGGGGGCAGUGUGCGGGUUGAAGGGGAGGAGGUACGGGUUGUUGGGAGUGGGGAGGGGAUGGUUGAUGCUGUUGUUGGGGGUGAUGACGACGACGACGACGACGACGAUGAUGAUGAUGACGAUGAAGACGAGGCCGAGGGCGAAGAGGAAGAAGACGAUGAUGAAGACGACAAGGAAGAUGAUGAAAACGAGCAAAAUGGCCAAAACCUAAUGGAUGUAUCCUUCGAGUCCAAAGAAGGCUCCAUCCUGUUCUAUGUUGGAUAG